CAGCUGAUACAACAAUCCAUCCAUCAUCUUCAUAACUUGUCGUGACUUGUUCGAAAGGGGACAUCCCAUAAAGGAACGUCGACCGAGAAGCAACCACGAGCAGGUGAACAACGACGAGGGCGGCGACUGUAAUCUCGAUCGACAAAUUACACCAUAUAUACCAUCGCCAUACCCCAUACCAUCACCGUUCGCCACAACUACACCUCUUCGCUGGUGAUCAUAGCAUCUCAACGACAUACCUGCAGCAAAUCGCUCGUAUCACUUUCACGAAACCCAGCCAUGCCUUCCAUGCCAGACACAUCUACGGUGACGACCCACGGUCUCCCCCUCCCGGCCUCGUUCCGCUCAUCGACACUCGUGUUCGCCCUCAACUCGACCAAGAUCGUACUAGACAAUCCUGACCCGGACUUGACCCUGUUGGAGUUUAUCAGGGCGCAAGGGUUCACGGGGACCAAGUUGGGUUGCAACGAGGGCGGUUGUGGAGCAUGUACGGUCGUCAUGGGAGAACUCGAACCCCUCACCCUCUCUCCCACCGCCGCUUCCUCUUCUUCCUCCCCAGCCUUACGGCCCCGGUACAAAUCAGUCAACGCCUGUCUCCUCCCCCUGAUAGCAGCACACGGCUCACAUAUCCUCACCAUCGAAGGCUUGGGUACUUCUUCCAAACCUCACGCCCUACAGGAGCGGUUCGGCAAGGCCGGGUGGUUCCAGUGCAGUGCUUGUGCGAGUGGGAUCAUCAUGGCCUUUUAUGCGCAACUGAGGGGCGCGCUCGAGGAGCCUUUGGAUCUCGGGUUCGAAAAGGCUAGCGACGAUGGGAUGAAGAAGCAGAGGGGUUUGACCGAGAAGGAAGUGGAAGAAGGGUUCGAUGGAAACCUGUGUCGGUGUACCGGGUAUCGGUGCCUGUUGGACGUCGCCAAGACGUUUGCGGUUGAUUACAAGCCUCUACCGAACAUCCUCAUCGAGUCGUCAAAUGAGGGUGUGGAUGGUCGUGGUACGAACGGUACGAACGGGCACGCCAAUGUUCACCUUGAUGGUGAUGACAACGACAUCGACCCAGAUGUACUCGCCAAGAAACCAGAGGACGACAUAGUCCCGAUCAAAGAGGCCACUGCGAUCGGCGGUGGAAAAGGCACAGCGACGGGCGUCUUGGAAAAAGACCGUCAAACCGGCGCGCCAGUGCUCUGUGGGAAAGGAUCGGACUGUUGCAAGAACAAACCGGGGUCCGGAUGCAACGGGGACGACGAUGGCGAUGAGAAGAGCAAGCCAAAGACCAUCCCAGGGAUCCCAGUGUUCUCUUUCAAGCCCUAUUCGCCCGAUGCCGAGCCGAUCUUCCCGCCUUGGUUGAAAAAGUAUCAAGGAUUCCGAGGCAAGGAUCUGGUAUUGGUGCAGAAACGACGAGAGCCUGUCGAGAUCGCCGAGGAGCUCGACAACGAGGACGACAGCGGCGAGGGGCGGACGACGGUUUCGCCCUCUCCGCUGGGCAACGUCUGGCUCCGCCCAGGAUCGCUCGCCUCGCUCAUCGACGUCAUGCGACGUUACCCUGGUGCCAAGAUCCGGAGUGGGAACACCGAGACCGGAAUCGAGGUCAGGUUCAAGGCGAGCCGAUUCGCUGUCUCUGUCUACGUGUCGGACCACAUCCGAGACUUGGCCACCAUUCGCACGGGCCAGGAGGGGCUGCACAUCGGCAGCGCAUUGUCACUCAGCGACUUGGUCAAGGUCUGCAAGGGGUUGAAGGUGACCAAUGAUUUCAAGGAACAGAGGGGCAAGGUCAUGGUCCUCGAUUCGAUCCUGGAUAACCUGCAACAUUUCGCCAGCAACCAGAUUAGAAACGUCGCCUGUCUCGCCGGCAACAUCACGACGGCUUCACCCAUCUCGGAUCUGAACCCCAUCUGGGUGGCUACGGGCGCCACUCUCAAGUUUGUGGAUGCUGAGGAUGCCGACAGCGAUGUACCCGAGGAAAAGAGUGUCAACAUGCGAGACUUUUUCUUGGGCUAUCGAAAGACCGCUCUGCCACGAGGUGCUGUUGUGACCAACCUGUUCGUUCCAUUGCCCGACGAAUCUGCAGAUGGGAGCAAGAGGGUGUUCACCCGAGCCUACAAGCAGAGCAAGCGCAAGGACGACGAUAUCGCCAUCGUUACCUGUUGUCUCCGCAUCGAGAUCGAGGACAAGACGAUCACCGACGUCAGGCUCGUUUAUGGUGGGAUGGCGCCGACGACCGUCGAGAGCAAGGAAACGCAGGCUUGGUUGACGGGCAAGCAGGUCGGCAAUGAUGCCGCCUUCUAUGGCGCGCUCGAGAGGCUGUCCGGGGUAGAUUUCCCCUUGCAAUACGGCGUACCAGGGGGGAUGGCUGUUUACCGGAAGAGUCUCGCCAUGGGAUUCUUUGCCAAGUUUUGGGCGGAGGUGACGACCGAGCUCGGGGUGAAAAUGGAUUCCGGACGGAUCGACUUGUCGGAUCUGCUCGACAGCGAAAUCCAUCGUGGUCUCUGUACCGGCAAGCAAGACUUGGAAGACGUCGUCCUCGCCAAAAAGGCCGGACAGUCCAUUCCUCACCUGGCACACCUCAAGCACGUCACGGGGGAAGCGCAGUAUUGCGAUGACAUUCCGCGUCAACACAACGAACUCAUCGGCGCCUUGGUCUUUUCGCAAAAACCUCACGCCAAGAUCCUCUCGAUCGAUUCCGAGGUUGCGCUCGAGAUGGACGGCGUACACGAUUUCGUCACGGUCAAGGAUCUCCCUGGAUCCAACAUCUGGAACCCGCCCGCCAUGGACGAAGUCCUCUUUGCCGAAGAAGAGGUGUUCACCUGCGGUCAGGUCAUUGGAGUCGUCCUCGCCGAGACCAAGAACCAGGCUCAAGCCGCAGCGCGAGCCAUCAAAGUCGAGUACGAAGAGCUGCCUUACAUCCUCACGAUUGAUGAGGCGAUUGCGGCGGAUAGCUUUUUCAAGCCACGACCCAAGUUGGAACGUGGGGAUAUCAGCAAGAUCGACGAGGCGGACCACGUACUCGAGGGUUGGUGGCGAAUGGGUGGACAGGAGCAAUUUUACAUCGAAACCAACGCGACCCUCGCCAUCCCGCAUCCCGAGGACGAGAUGGAGGUGUUUAGCAGCACUCAGAAUCCUUCCGAGACUCAAGUGUUUGUGGCAUCAGCGCUUGGUAUCCCUCAGAACCGUGUGACGACCCGUGUACGACGGCUCGGCGGCGGUUUCGGUGGCAAAGAGAGCCGAUCGAUCUGCCUCGCCGCUCAGAUGGCAGUCGCGGCCAACAAGACCCGUCGUCCAGUUCGAUGCAUGCUCGAUCGAGAUGAAGACAUGAUCUCGACCGGUCAACGUCACCCAUUCGCUGCCAAAUAUCGUGUCGGAUUCAACAAGGACGGCACGCUCGUCGGUCUCGAUGCCCAGAUAUAUAACAAUGGAGGCUGGAGUCAGGAUCUGAGUCAGGCCGUACUCGAACGUGCCAUGACGCAUUCCGACAAUUGUUAUAUGAUUCCGAACAUCCGGAUCCAAGGCAAGAUUUGCAAAACGAACACCAUGUCUAACAGCGCUUUCCGAGGAUUCGGUGGUCCGCAGGGAAUGAUGAUGAACGAAUGCAUCAUGACUCGAGUUGCUGAAAAGCUUGACAUGCCCGUCGAGACGCUCCGUGAGAAGAACAUGUACAAGGAGGGCGACAGGACACACUUUGGACAAGAGAUUCUCGAUUGGAACGUUCCAACGCUGUUCAAGCAGGUGCGAGAGUCGAGCGACUUCGACAAGCGCAAGGCUGCGGUCCAGGCUUUCAACGCCAAGCAUAAAUACAGGAAGCGCGGUAUAAGUAUACUGCCAACGAAGUUUGGGAUCAGUUUCACAGCCAUCUUCCUGAAUCAAGCACACGCGCUCGUCAACAUCUUCCAACACGAUGGAUCUGUCAGCUUGUGGCAUGGUGGUGUCGAGAUGGGCCAAGGACUCCACACGAAGAUGGCGCAAGUCUGCGCUACUGAGCUCGGCUGCCCCAUCGAAAAGAUUCACAUCAUGGAAACCAACACAAUGACCGUUGUUAAUACAUCUGCCACUGCGGCCAGUGCGGGAUCGGAUCUCAACGGCAUGGCCAUCAAGGACGCCUGUGAGCAGCUCAACGCGAGGCUUGCGCCAUAUCGAGAGAGGAUGCCCAACGCGACAUGGGCAGAAAUGGCGCACGCAGCGUUCUUUGAUCGAGUCAACCUGCAGGCGCACGGCCACUACCAGACGCCCGAGAUUGGCUAUUCAUGGAUCACUGGCGAGGGAAAGCCGUUCUUCUAUUUCACUCAAGGGGCGGCCGUCUCAGAGGUAGAGGUAGAUGUCCUAACAGGGGACCAUAUGAUCGUCCGUAGUGACGUUCACAUGGAUAUCGGGCGGAGCAUCAACCCAAGCAUUGAUGUUGGGCAGAUUGAAGGCGCGUUCACACAAGGCUAUGGAUUGACCACCAUGGAAGAGAGUCUCUGGCUCAACAAUGGUCAACUCGCCACGCGUGGACCAGGUGCCUACAAGAUCCCUGCCGCGCUCGAUACGCCACGCGAGUUCAAUAUUUCCUUCCUGAAAGCAAAAGACGCCAAGACUGCUCAUCUGCGGACCAUCCAGAGCUCGAAAGGGGUAGGAGAGCCGCCUCUAUUCCUGGGCAGUUCGGUUUUCUUCGCCAUCAAGCAUGCGCUCACAUCGGCCCGAGCAGACAAUGGAAUCAAGGGGGACUGGACAUUGGAUUCUCCUGCCACCUGCGAGCGGAUCCGAACUUCCACCGGGGACUCUCUGUUGGCCAUGGCUGCGAAAGGAUCUGAAAAGAAGGAUGGGGACAAGUCGUUCUUUGUGUCGAUUUCCUAGAGGAAUCGCGCCGCUUUGUCGAAUCGCCUGACCCGUUGUAUCACCGCGAAAACAAAGGCAAGAGCCUCAAGUUGUAUUGCAUGACCUGCAUCAUUUACAUAUCACGGUGCGCCGGCUUUCAAUCGCUAUAUAUU